UGUUCAUUUCUUAGCCAGCCAUGGCGAGUCUCGUCGCGAGGGCUUUGCCCGUCGCUUCCGGGCGUGCCACUCCUCGCCUUUCUCUCGUCGGCGCCGUUGCUCUCUCACGGCGACCGAUCCCGUAUCCCGGAGGCCCUCUGCUCAUUGUCUCUCCGCAUCCAACUUCGGUGUUUCUCCGACCCUUCUCUAAUCCGUGCGACAUUUGGCUUGGAUCCCUUUCCAGGAGUUUCCGAUCCCUGUCGCCCUUGCCGCCAUGUAGUAUUUAUUCCGUCUCCGCUCGUGGAUUUCGGAAGGUAAGACGCGGGAAGCUGAACAAGAAGAAGGAGAAGAAGCCACUCGAGCUCGAUGUCACGAUCUGCAUCGAAGAAGGCUUGCCGGACGAUCCUCAAACUUUGAGAAUUGCUGAGAAACUUCAGUCCGAUGUUCCAAUUGUACUGAAGGUUGCAUUUGAUAAUCUAAAAGCUUCAGAUUAUAAGACAAGAGAUACUUCUAUAGGUGACAUUUACAAGUAUGAUAAAGUUGAGCUCUCUGUGUUGCUUUGUGAUGAUAAUUUUAUUCAAAAGCUAAAUAAAGAAUGGCGGGAUGUGGAUCAGGCUACUGAUGUUCUGUCUAUGUCCCAACAUAUUCCUGAGCUAGACCUUCCAAUUCUUUCGUUGGGUGAUGUAGUUAUAUCUCUGGAAACAGCUACCAAGCAAGCAAAGGAAAGAAGCCAUACACUUAUCGAUGAAAUCCGAGUUCUCAUGGUUCAUGGUUUGCUCCAUCUAUUAGGCUUUGAUCAUGAACUGGGCCUUCAGGCUGAAGCUGAAAUGGAAAAGGAAGAGGACUUUAUCCUCAGAAAUCUUGGGUGGAAAGGAAAAGGUUUAAUUAAGUGUGCACAUGAUUCUGGAAUUCAAGGAAGUUGCCCAACAAACAGCUCAGAUGGACAUGCCAAAAAUAUGAAGACAGAGAGCCAAUCAGGAUUUUGUGAAGCAAAAUUGAGUUACAUUUUCUGUGAUGUUGAUGAUAUUUUUUUUGAUGGCAAAAGUCAAGUAGAUACAUUGAUGACAAAAGCUCUGGAAGUUGCUCUCUCUGAAGGAGUAAAUAUAGCCGUUAUUACUAGAAAGACCAGGUCAGCAGUUAUAAGAGUUUCAAGAACAAUCAAUUUGAAAGGGAAAGCUUGCAUUAUAUCUGAAACAUCAGCUGGUGUUUUCCUACAGGGAUCACUUGUAUAUGGGAGACAAGGUAAAGAGAUUUUCAGAGCAAAUCUAGAUAAGAAUCUUUGCAGAGAGCCAACUUAUCCACUCCAACAAAUUAUGAAGACCCCAAUAUAUGGUACUAUGCCAAAUGAACUAAUUAGGGCUUUUCAGUACUCUUUGCAACACGGACUUCCUCUGGUUGCAUUUUGCCAGGAUCAGUGUUUAACUUUAUUUGAUCAUCCUUUGGUUGAUUCACAGCAUACCCUGCAUCAUGAGCCAAAGGUUGUGGUUAUUCCAUCCAUUGAGCGCCUUUUAGCAAGUUCCGAUCUACAGAAAUUGGUUUUCCUUGGAACUGCUGAAGAGAUUUCCGCUCUAAGACCAUAUUGGACAGAAGCAACAAGAGGGCUUGCAGAUGUUGUUCCGUCGCAGACAUGUAUGCUUGAAAUUAUUCCGUCUGGAGUUUCAAAAGAUAGCGGCGUAAAGAUGCUACUGGAUCACCUUGGAAUUGCUACAGAUGAGAUUCUGCCACAUUUUGACAAUGAAAAUAAGAUGACGAUGAUGCAGAAUGCAUCAGCGUCGUCAUCGAACAUGGUAAUGCCAGAUGAAAGCUAGAACACUGACGAUUACUGGUGAUACAUAUGUAUGUUCUUGGCGCGACAAAGAAGUCUGGCUAUCCUCUAUUAAAUGGAAGUGAGUAAUUCUUUGAAUGCAUCCAAUGAAGACAAGGUUUGGUUAGAUGGAGCCAGUGUAUAGGAUUGGUAAUGCGGGGAUAUGUGGAUCUAAGAUAUCUUAGUUCAACUAAUGAAACCGCAAUCAUGUAGUUUCUAUUGUUGAGAAAAAGAUCUACUUGAGUGUCACUCAGAGACACGAGUAAUGCUUCGAAUGUGCUCGAUGAAGAUUUGCUUUCGAACAGCUGAAUAGGGCAAGUAAUGUGAUGAUAGCUGAACCUAAGAUCUAUGUAGAACUGAUUUGUUUGGCAUAUUACUGCUUUCUGUAUGUUUGUACUUGGACAUUGUAUCAUGUGGACAAAUUCCUUGUGUUGUAGAGGAUAUGUGCUCGUUGAGAAUUGAGAAUUGAUCCUUUAUCUUA